UAUGCACCGUAAGUAAACUUCCGUUGACAGCAAAACAGGAUUUUCAUGGUUAUUUUAACGUUUUUCUGAAUAAAUGUUGUGAAUUGUUAGAUUCAAACUGGUUAAAAAUAUAUCAUACAAAGCAGGUUUCUCUCAGGUUUGAUAAUGACCAGUCAGAGAGAUGCUUUCAGUUACCGGAGUGUUUCUCCGACAGUGUCACCGACACUUUCUCCACAUGCAUCUCCCCCAUCAUCACCAUUCUUCUCCAAGACAGAGGACCCUGCGAGGCAGGAACUGAGAUUAUCGGCAAAUGCAAAACGACAGAAAUAUUUGAGGCGGUUGUUAAAAUUUAAACAGAUGGAUUUUGAAUAUGCGUUCUGGCAAAUGAUAUAUCUGUUUGUAGCGCCACAAAAAGUAUACAGAAAUUUUCAGUAUAGGAAAAACACAAAAGACCAGUGGGCAAGAGAUGACCCUGCUUUCCUAGUCUUGCUGAGUUUUUGGUUGAUAAUUUCAUCAAUUGGAUUUGCUGUGGUGCUAGGUCUACAUUUUCUAGGAUUUCUCAAGUUUAUACUCUGGGUGGUAUUUGUAGACUGUAUAGGCGUGGGACUACUAAUUGCCACAUUGUUCUGGUUUAUAACAAACAGAUAUAUGGUAAUAUCGCCACCCAGAGGUCAAGAGAUCCCGAAAGGUCAGGACGUAGAGUGGGGUUACGCUUUUGACGUUCAUCUCAACGCCUUCUUCCCUCUUCUUAUGAUUCUUCAUCUUUUUCAGCUGGCUUUUCUACACUCUGUGAUAAACCAAGACUGGUUUGUUGGUCGAUUCUUUGGUAAUACACUGUGGUUGGUGGCGAUUUGUUACUAUAUAUACAUCACAUUUCUUGGUUACAGUGCGUUACCAUUUUUAAAGAACACUCGAGCCUUGCUAUUUCCUGUCACAGGUGUGAUAAUUGUUUAUGUACUCUCAUUGAUUUUAAACUGGAACUUCAGUUGGCAUAUGUGUACUUUCUACAGAUUCCGUGUGUUCUAGCAGUGUGUAAUGUUUAUGCACAAAUCCAGCAUACACAGUUCGAGAUUGUGAAAAGUGUAUAUAGAGUGUACAGAACUUGCAUUGUAAAAAUAAAAACUAAAAUAAUGGGAUUCACAGAAUGCGUUAUAGAUGGUAUUUUAUACAG